GCAGAGUCGCGUACGAUGAGAGGAAAUAAUCAUGGGAAUUAUAAGAACCCAUGUUUGACGAUGCAUCAACCCUGGGCGUCUAUGCUCGUUUACGGGAUCAAGCGCGUUGAGGGCCGGUCAUGGCCUGCUCCCAUCAGAGGUUCUGAAAAUGCUGGAGAUGCUUCCUCAUAGAAUAGUGCGUGGAGAGCCUUUUUUCUUUCCAUCUUUUUUGGCUCUCUCUCUGAUAAGAAAACAUAUGCAGCAUGCUAUCUCACCUAUCGCACAAGCGUUUUUGAUGGUUCAUCAGAGUAGAACUGCUAUUCUCACGGUAUGGGUAGUAUAUUGGAACAAGUCUAGCUGAAGGGAGAGUCUAAGAACGUCAAUUAAAGGCGCUCAGGCAAGGCGCCGUGCACUUCUUGAGCCUCUGACCUCGGGGGAGGAAUUGCCUUCACUAAGGAGCCAAAAGGCGCACAAGGUCGUCUCUGGAUUCAUGCUGCCAGUAAAGUUCCCGAUGAGUCUACUAUCAAGGCAAUGGAGUGCUUCUACCGGGAGAUUUAUGCAGUCAAUGGAAUAACUGAUAUUAAGUUUCCAGAGCAUUAUCCAACUUCAAGGCUAUUGGGUUUCGUUGAGGUUGUUGGCUGCUUAAGACAGGAAGAACUAGCCUGCUGGGAGAUGGUCCCUGAAAGUGUUAGGCUGGAAGCGCAAACUAAGUAUUGCUGGUUAUGUGAACAUCCACAGAAAUUGUUGAUUCCGUUUGAGAUGAGAGGAUAUCAAGGUGUUUAUAACUUGGAAAAGAAAAUAUGUGAAGCUGCAGUUAGAGGUCUGUCUCCUGUUGCAAGUCCGCUUCCAGUGAAGUUUCCACUUCCAGAUCCACAUGAUUCUUUUUCAUUGCAGCCAGGCUGCAUCUGUGUGUCUUCUCCUAAUUUGAAAGCAUCAUCUGAAGCGGACAGAUCAUCAACCCUGACUCUGGCCAUAGCCGGUGCACAAGAGGCAGCUUUGCAGUUCUCAAAGAAGGAUCAGAAUUCUCAAAGUAUUGUUACAAAUACUAAUUAUCAAGAGACAGAAACUGUAAAAUCCUAUAAUUUACGAUCGCUGAGAAGAUCUGGGGAAAAAGAUAAAUCCACGAUCUUCAGUGAGACAUUCGAUGAUGGGACUUUGCCAUUACACCAUGAGGAUAGAAGAAGCUAUAACCAGUAUGAGGGAAGCAGUAGGUACAAUCAAUAUUGUGGUGCUGAUGUGAGACGACCCCUUCAACAACCAGCUAAGGGAUCUAUUGCAUCAAAGGAGGAGGAGAGAAGCAGGGGUGAAAAGUAUGAAGGAAGCAGUCGACCUCCUGGUGCAGCUUUGAGUCCGAAUGCCCAGCCUCCGUCUAAGAUUUUUGCUGCAGCGGUCAGAGGCCUGAAGCAUGAUCUUUAAAUAUGAUGCGGCGAACGCAGAGAUGGAAGUGGAGCUCGGAUCCUGAAAUCAAGCUUGGAAUUGGAUUAUUUCAGGGAAAUAUCUUGUUGGACAGAGCUCAGCUUCUUGUUUUGUUGUAUCGUUAGAGUAAUCGAAGCUUGCCUACUUGUUUAAAUAAUGUGCACGGUGGAUUUAAAGUAGUGAUGCAUGCUCUGCUUAACAUUAGAUAAGAAUCUGAAAUGGAAUUUGUGUGCAAAGCAUGGAGCUGUGCUUGUUGGUCUUCAAUUGCUUGCUGCUCCGAAAGAGCCUCUCGAAUCUCACCACCUCUGCCGCCUAUUCCCAGCCUGCCCCCCCUCACGGCUGUGGAUAUCUUCAACUGAAAACAAAUAUAUAUUAUUAUUUGCAUAGCUAAAGAGUGGGGGCGUCUAUGAUUUGUAGAAGUAAGCUAAAGUGUCGCACUCUUUUUUCCAGGUAAUGGGUAAAUAUCUUAUAUGAAGAAA